AAACCUGGACCUUUAGAUAAGUAAUAGGCAGCAAAGGAGUUUUAAGGUAUUUUCAAAACAAACAUAAUAUUUGCUUGUAUAUUUGUUAUUUGCUUUGCAAGCACUUCAUAAUGGAAACUCAAAUCUUUAUUCCGUUUAGACCCAAUCCCAACCUGUCGCCUCACGAUUCUCGCGAAAUGUCGGACCCUAAGGAGAAAUUCUUUCGCUAUUUUCAAGCAGAAAUAACGGCUAUCCAGGGCCAGAUCGAUGACCUAGCAACUAUUUCUCAUGUAGGUGGAGAGAGACAAGACUGCAUAGAUACGGUGUUAGCCGGCAUAUCCCGCUUGUCAAACGAAGUAAUGGACGCGGGUGACUAUGUCCCUGCCUAUGAUCAACGAGCGUACUCUCAGGCCAUGAAAGCUCUAACCGAGAAGCUCAACGACGCGACCGCCAGCUUUACGCCGAAAUCACGUUUCCAGUUCAAAUCCAAAUCUUCUAAACAAGCCCCCAGCGCAGAGACGCAGGUAGACCCGCGACAACGUACCUCCUUUAGUAAUGUCGGAUCGAAACAGUCUCCGGUACUCGACGCAGCGAAGCGCGAUGCCAUAAAUGCUGCCAAUAACGCAACCACGUCUUCGAAAGAUUAUAACGAAGAUGUAGAGCAACAGUCAGGUGUGAGGAAGCCGAGUUUUUCCAACGCGAAGAGCAUCUCCAUAUAUGAUCACACCGGAUUACAUAUCAUGUUGCCUUCGACAGCCUCGAGGGCCACAUCUUCGGGUAGCUUGACGAAUCUGGAGCGAUGUGUUGUGGAUAUGACGGUCCCUACAAGUAAGGGUGCGCCAUUUGCCGGGCUGGCGUUGAAAAAUAUCAAGCAGAGCCUUAUAAUCGCCGGACAUGUCUCAGGACCUGUACACAUAACCGGUCUGCAGAACAGCAUCGUCGUGGUCGCCGCGCGACAAGUCCGUAUACAUGAGUGCAAGGACGUUGACAUAUAUCUGCAUUGCGCAAGUCAUCCUAUAAUUGAAGAUUGUUCGGAAAUGCGAUUUGCGCCGUUGCCCGAGUUCUAUGCAUCCAAGUUAGAGGUCACAGGUGAGAACCAAUGGGACCAAGUAGAUGAUUUCAAGUGGUUGAAGAGCGAACCAUCGCCGAACUGGGGUACUUUACCCGAAGACAAGCGAAUCCCGGCGGACGUUUGGGAGAACUCAGUAUGCGGGAGCCCAAGCCUUAGCACAGAUGAUAUAUUACGAAAAGCAGGCAUCCUUGGUGCGCGAGCUUCCUGACGAUAUCUUAACCCUCGUUCCCUAGCGCGAUAUAUUGCUACGACUUAAUCCGAGAUGAUUCGACACACGAGCAAGAGCUGAGCAUGGCGUUGGUGUUCACAUUUAUUUUUGCCUCCUUUGUAUUCUGUAAUACCGGGUGGAAUCGAAUCCAGAGUCUAAUAGUUCUUAUCAAUGACGAACCAUUGCUCCUAUGAA